AAGUAGACAUUUUUUUAAAGCACAACUUCCCUAAAACCCCUCUAAACACCCAAAACUCUGUUCGCAGCAAACCGCUCGAAAACCCUAAAACAGCACAGCAGCAGUCGCCAGCCAUGGCCAAGUCUAAGAAAGAAUCCAUUACCACCAAAGUCGAAGCAGCAGCACCACUUGACUCAAAGACGAAGCCAUCAAAGAAAAGUAAGAGAGAUGCGGAAGUUGAUUCAGACAUCCCAAAGGAUCCCAAAAAGCAGAAGAAAGAGUUGAUUCAAGCUGUUGAAAAGGCUCCACAAAAGAAAAAGAAGAAGAAGAAGAAGAAUAAGAAGAAUACUAAUGGUGAAGUGGUGGAGUCAGAGCAGAAAUCAAUUGCAAAAGAACCCAAGACGCUAUUUGCUGGACAUCUUCCCUUUCAAAUUGAGAAAUCUGACUUAGAGAAAUUCUUCAAAGAAGUUGGUGAAAUCGUCGAUGUUAGACUUGCUAAGGGAUUCGCACAUGUAGAGUUUGCUUCUGAAGAAGCUGCUCACAAGGCAUUGGAACUGAAUGGUAAACCAUUACGAGGCCGCAAUAUUCUGCUUGAUUUUGCUAAGGCGAGACCUGCUUCACGUCCAGGAAACAAAGUUAAAACGAUUUUUGUUACCGGAUUCAACAAGUCUGUGAGUGAAGAUGAUAUGAAAACUUCCUUGAGGAAUCAUUUUGGUGCUUGUGGAGAGAUCAAAAGGAUUUCUCUUCCUUAUUACCAAGAGACUGGUGAUAGCAAGGGGGUGGCUUACCUAGAUUUGAAUGAGGAUGGAUUCAACAAGGCAUUGGAACUAAACGGAAGUGCACUAGGAGGACGGAACAUUGUGGUGAUUGAAGCUAGACCAAAAGAAAAGAAUGCUGAUGGGAAUAGUGGACGUGGCAAUGAUACCACCUCCAAGAGAGGACCUGAACGUGGCGACGGUGACAGCUUCAAAAGAGGACCUGGAAGAGGCAAUGGUGAACGUACAACACCCAGCAAACCAAGCGUAAUUGCCUCAGCAGCCCAAGGGAAGAAGAUCGUCUUUGAUGAGUAGUGAAAGACCUUGGCUCUUCUUUUGUUCGAUCUUUCAGUCCCUUUUUUUGCCUAGUGUAUGAGAAAAACACAAAGCUUAUAUGAUGAGUUGGUUACUCUUGGAUUUGUAGUAUUGUUUUUCUAUUAACAAAGUUUUGCGUAUGUGACAUUUUUACUAGUAGAAACUCUGAAUGAAUUCCUGGCUUCACUAAUUGUCAUUUUCAGUA